CAUUUGUUUAAACCCAAUCUCUGCUGGAGCUUAUGAUGGAUCUGCUGUCUUUGGGUUGGUGUUUUAUUUAUAGAAACAGAGAUGAAUCAAAUGUGGGAGGAUUGAGGAUAAACUGUCAGCCCUUUUUAAACAUGAUUUAAUGACACAAUGACCUGCUUUCUAACCUGCAUGUUCACAUUGCUCCAGAUAUGUCUGGUGCCAUCUAAAGCAAUGCUUUUUCGUCCAGAGAACCUAACUGUAGGAUUAUUGGAUUUUAAGGCUACCGUUGAAUGGCUUCCUGGACAAGGAAACCCUCCUGGCACCAAAUACACCUUGGAGUUUAUAACUUUACAAAAAAUGUCUACAGGAGAGUGGAUUCGGUCUCCACACUGCACUAAUAUAACCAUCCCGAAAUGCGAGCUGACCUUUGACCUGCAACCUGAUGAGCUCUUUUGGAAUUAUUUUGUGAGGGUCAAGACCACAUUUAGAGGGACGAGCUCCAAAUGGAGUACAACAUCGAAGUCUUUCCAGCCAUACGGAGACACUCGUCUGAGUUCUCCGAAUUUAACUAUCUCAACUGACCAAAAGGCCAUUAAUAUUGCUUUUAGUCAUUGGCUGGAAUCAAAACCAGGGAUCAGACCACUGGAAUUCCUGCUAUACCUUUGUGGGAAAAGUCCCGCAGGGGAAUCAAAGUGUGUAGUUCCGAUAUCAACCUCAAAAUCUCCCUACAUUUUCCCUGAUGUGCCAUCUGGCAGGAACUACUGUGUUAGUGUUUCUGCCAGUCAUCAACCCUCCUCAAAGAACAACAACUUCAACACCACCAAAUGUAUCUUUCUAUUAGAUUCUCCUAGAAGCUCUGUGCUAAUGGUGUGCAUUGCGGCCAUUCUGCUGAUUACCUUUUCAACUGGGUUUGUUGUGAUUUUUGGUUGUUUUUACGACACAAGGCUUAAAAUCAGGAAACUCAGCAUUCCAGAUGCCUUGAUCAUUUUUCCAGGAAAUAACUGUGUCCUAAAACUAAUCCCUGAGGAAUUUCAAAAAAUUAUUCAGACCUGGCAAAAACCACUAGCGUACAAUGAGGACGAUGUUUCUGUCUCAGAGGAGGAUAUCGAGGAUGGCUCUCAGUUCUACCAUCAGAGGGAAAACCUCCUAGAGCAAGAUGAGGCAGAGACAUCAAAUCAGUGUUAUAAGUACACACCAGCUACUUAUCUGGAACUUAGUGAAGAAAGUGUAACAUCCGAGAAGGAUGAUGAUGAUGAUGAUGAUGAUGAUGAUGAUAUGCAUCCAGUUACCCCAGCGUCUUUAUGUACUUGUACUUCAGAAUCAUCCAAAUUUCUACAAGUAACUACUGUGAACACUUUUGUGAACUCCGAGAUGGAUAGAUAUUAUGCAGAGGAAACUCCCUGGUCUUCUGGCAAUGACUGUGAAAGUGAAGUGCCUGCCGAAGAGGAGGAGAAGGAGGAGGAGGAUAAUUUGUUGGCUUAUUACUCAUCAGAGAAUGGCUACGAGUACGAACCAAGGCUUCCAAGGUGAAGUCUGCAACCAAAUUCAAGUAAAAAACAUGCAACCCAAGUAGACAUGCAAAACUUGGUGACGGCAUAUUCAGAACAUCAGGGAAUAACACUUGAGCAGACACUGGCAUUGAAACUAAAUCUGGGGUCGGUUAUACCUGGAGAGAACUAUGCGUUAACAUUCCCUUUUCUCUCAAUGGCAGUUCAGAGUUCAGAACUCUCUUCUGCAUCAGGAACUCUUGGAACUUCCAUUUAUCAUGCUAUGUACAUGAAGACCUGUUUAGACACUUAAGCUAAAUUCUGUAAGGCAGAGUAGAAGGAAUAUGUGACCUUUGGCCCUUGCUGGUUAAUGCCCACUUUGUCGCUUAUUGCCCAGCUUUGAGUUGAGGUACUACAUUACCAAAAUGAUUCUUCUGUGGCACCA